UUUAGAAUGUAUGUGCCAAAGUAUUCUGAAAUAUUCUGUUUCGUUUUUGAAUACGGGCCCGAUAUAUUGACAAGGCGCUCAAUUUUGACGCCGUGCAAGUCUUAGUAAAAUAGCAUAUAUUUUUAUCAAAUUACUAAAAACAGCAAACCUUACGUGAAAAUUUGAUUAUAACUAGUUACUAAACUCCCUCAGUACAAUGAUUUCCAAUUUUAAAAAGUUUUGAAAAUUUCGAGUUUGGACUUUAAACUGCCGAUGAAAUUAGCAAAUUCGAGUGGAAUUUGGUUGUCUUCCUUGAUUGAUUCACAAUAUCGCCGAUAGGCGGCGCUUCGUUGCUACGUACGCCAGUGCGCGAAAAUGGAAGUUCGUGAUGAAGAAAACACGAUCGUUUGCGGUGUGGGACACUACGCCAAAAGUUCCUGCGGCCUGUAUAAACCGUAUCCAAAAGAAACGGUUAGGUUGACCCUCCGCGACUGUGAUAGGGACGUAUCAAGAUAUCUGCAGGGGUUAAAACUAAGUGGUGGUCGACAAACGAUCUGUCACCCAGCAGCCGACAGUGAAGGAAGCCUUAUAUCCUAUAGAAUUGGACUGUUCAGCUUUGAUCCUUCAAUCACUGUUUGUCCAUACCAUCGCUACACCCUUGGGAUACAGUGGAAACCCUCAAGGAAAUGUUGUUUUCCAUCACAUAAAGGGAUGCAAAAACCACAAAGAGCAGUAUCCAAGGAAAUGAGCCAGAAUAUACUCCACACCAUGGGAGUUCUUGUGGUGAUUGGAGAAGGUAUUUGCUUAACCUGUAUGGACACAUAUAAGAAGCAAUGUGAAGGAAAAUAUCCACCUCCCACUAUAUCAUCUCCAGCUCAUGUUUGUGGAACAGCGAAUGAGAUUAUACAAGAAGAGGAGUAUCCAUCUUCACUUGAAAAGAAUGGCGAUCAGCUUCAGCUUGAUUCUGUAUCAGAUGGGGCACAAAGUUCUCAGAACCUAUCCCAGGCUUCAAACUGGAGUACUGAUGAAAUAACAGGAACUUUAACGCAUGCGAAUGAUGUUGUCAGCCUUAUAUCUAACGGUGAAUUCAGCCCUUUAAGAGGACAGCUACAUACAAGUUUAUCCAAAGUGAAGCCAAGCACUUUGAGAUACUAUAAAAGGAAAGCUGAAGAAUCUACUGAUGCUCUUUUAAAUCUGUUUGCUCCUGGACAGUCCAAAGAAUUAAAGCUGCUUAUUUCACCAGAACCCGAGAGACCAAACCCUGAUGCAGAAUUAAAGGACAAAAUUCUAAAACUAUAUGGAGAAACAUCUGACAACAACCUUAAGGUACAACUUUUAUCAGUUGUGGCAAAAACAAUGACGAAAGAUGAGUUGUUACAAUCCAUUCCAGGGUUGACAGUGUACAAAAUAGAUCAGGCAAGAUUGCUUGGAGAUGCACACAGUAGAGAAACAGUCAGGGAGAAAAUGAAAACGACAAGACAAAGAAUGGAUGCAGAAAAGAUGCAACAUGCACUUGGCUUUUUCUUUGAUCCUAGUUUUAUGCAGAUAGUUUCAUAUGGAACGAGAGAAAUGAAACUUGACUCUGGAGAGAAGAUUACUAUUCCAGAUGUUGUGAGAACAUUGUGUCAUUCUCAUUUAGUUGAUAUGUAUGUAGCCUAUUGUAAGGAGACAGAUUUCCAACCACUUGGAAGAACUUCUCUUUUUCAUAUCCUGCGUGCAUGUGCAGCAUCCAAACGAAAGAAUUUGAGAGGCUUGGACAAUAUCACAGCUGAAGGAGUGGACGGCUACACGGAGCUACACCAAUUGAUUGAUCAGUUGAAAGAUCUUGGCUUGAUGUCAUUAGAUGUCCAUUCAGAAAUAUCCACCAAACUCACUGCCAGCAGAGUAUACAUGAAAACAGAUUACAAGUUACAUGUGGAGCAGUCAAGUCUAUGUGCUGACCACUGUAUUGACUGGAGUUUGAGUGAUCCAUCUGAUAAAGACUUCCAGAAUACUUGUCAACACAAGCAUACGCUAAAAUGUGACAGAUGUGAACUUAUCAAAGAAGUGGAAUUGCAGCUUAAUUCUGUAAUAGAUGUUCUUCAUGUGACCCAGGAAGCUGUAAAUGAAUACAAAAAAACAUUGGGGGAUGCAGUGUUGAAAAUCUAUAACUGGAAGGCACACAUAGUUAGAACUGUCAAUCAAGAUCAGUUUAGACUGGAUGCUCUUGAAAACAUGAAGAGUUACCAAGCUCUCAUUAUCAUGGAUUGGGCUAUGAAGUUUUUACCUAUUCACUACAGGGAAAAACAGUCAGACUGGUUCGGACAGAGAGGCAAAAAUUGGCAUGUCAUUGUUUGCAUAUUUAAAGAUGCAGAAGAUCUAUGUCACAGAACAUACUGUCAUGUAAUGGAUUCAGCAAAGCAAGACUGGUUUACUGUAUCUUCUCUACUGGAGAAUUCACUGGAUACAAUAAAGAAGCAGAUGCCUUUUAUCAAAGAAGUUAUGCUCCGAUCAGAUAAUGCAGGCUGUUAUCAUUGUGGUCCGUUAUGGUUUUCCUUGCCACAAAUAAGCCAAAGGACAGGUAUUUCCAUAACAGAAUACUGCUACUCGGAGCCACAGGCAGGGAAAUCGUACUGUGAUUCGAAAAUUGCACAUAUGAGAAUGAAAAUGAAGAGUUAUGCUGCUAGUGGACACAAUAUUUUGACUGCGGCAGACAUGAAACAUGCACUUGAUGCUGGCUCAGGUGUCAAAGGAUGUCAAGUUGCAAAUGUGGCAAUAGAUACAACAAAACAGUUGUUCACUAUGCACAAGAUGAAAAAUGUAAAUAACUACAGCAGUAUUACUUAUCAAAAGGAUGGUAUGAUUAUGCGGAAAGCCUUUAGUAUUGGGAGAGGCUUAUUUGUCUCAAAUUUUGAAAUCAGCAAGUUUACUAAUUCUAAACAUCAGGAACACACUUCUGGUUGCUUGAUGUUGGAAGACUUUGUAACUCCAGCUAUGCAGAAAGGAGAAAUCAGAACUAAACCAAGUCAAAAUGCCGAUGUUUCAGAAAUGUCUGAUAAUGAAAAUGAUGCUGAAAGAGGAACUUCUGAAGAACCUGACAUGGAGUUAUUUCAUUGUCCAGAAGUUGGCUGUUCUAAGAAGUAUUCAACAUACAGAGGGCUAGAAAAUCAUUUGCUCUGUGGUAAACAUCAAGUGAAACUAGACAAAAAGUCUACCUAUGACCAGAUAAAGCUUCAGUGGGCACAGCUAUGUAGUGAAGUUGUCAUCACAUGCAAAAAUGUGUUGUCUUCAGAAGAAAAUGUUGAAAAAAAAGUGAAAGCUGAACCUAUGGGUUGGGGUUUGAAGAAGCCAAGGAAGAGUUCACGUUUUCCAGAGAAAGUGCGAGCUUUUUUAACCAAAAAGUAUGAAGGUGGCGAAAAGGGGAGAAAAGCAAACCCUUCAGAAGUAGCAGAAGAAAUGAGGGUUAUUACUAGCGAGGAUGGAAGCAAAGUUUUCAGUGUUGAUGAAAGGUUAAGCACAGCCCAGAUAACUUCUUUCUUCUCCAGAAUGGCCAGUAAAGGAUUUGGCAAAGCGUCCUUGAAAGAGGAUUUUGAUGACAGUGACUUACUUGCAGCUUUGGCAGCCAUUGAGGAAGAUGCAUUGAUUGAAAAUAUUAAUUGCAUGCCUUGUAAAUGAUUUUACUAUCUUAAUAUUGAAAGAAAGGAUCACUGUGAUACUAACACAAUCCAGCCAUUCAGAUCAGUUACAAUUUCUGCUCUGAUUGGUAUGAUUUUGGUAUUCAUAUAAAAUGUGUGUAGGUAAACACUAGCUGUGUUACAUAUUGUACAUAUAUUUUCUUUGCAUGACAGGUGACGACAAUCCUUGAAGCAUUUAAUUGGUCAAAAUAACAGAUUAAUUGUAGCUAAGUCUAAUGAUGUGCCCCAAAUGUACUAUAGCAUUUGUUAAAGUUAAAUUUUUCUGCAGACAACAAUUACAUUGUAUGUUCUGAGGCAGAAAAUCUUUGGAAAUAGCAUAACACUGUUUAUUUAAAAGGAUAAAGUUGCUUUUGUUAUAAUAAGAUUAACAUAGACAUUUCCUUGUUAAAUGUAUUCUUUACAGGUUUAUUAUUCACAGGUUAAUUCUUUUUAUCAAAAUUUUAUAUUGUUCUAAGUUUUAGAUAACAAUAAUAUUGAUAAAAACUUAACUUUUGAUAACUUUCUGAACACAUAAACACACAUAUCACAGCUCUGAGGAAAUUCGGUAUUAAAUCUUUUUCACAAUAUUUGGAACUUCGAUCCCGAUCAAUAAUAAUGUGAGAUUCACUAUUUAUACAUGAUAUUACAGGUAUAAAUGGUUGAAAACAACAAUAUUUAGACAUAAAUAAUACCAAAAUCUAUUUUUUUAUUAUGAAAAUAAGAUUUAAAUCAUAAAAUACAAUUAUUAUUACUCUUAGAUGAUUAUGGAGAUCUUAAAAAAAAUUUGUUGGGAUCCCACAUGAUUGCUUUGACUAUGAAAACUGUGUGUUAAUUUUUCAAAACUUUUUACAAUGGAAAAACUUAUUUCAGAAUAUCCUUUAUUCAUUGAUAUGUAAUAUACCAACAUACAGGUUUGCUGUUUUUUUUAAACAUCUAUAUAAAAGUGAUCGUUUUUCUCUAUUUGAAAACCUUUAUGGUUAAUGGUGGUCAUGGUUGCCAUGGAAACCAAAAAGAUACCCCCUUUGUAACAUCAGGGGAAAAAAGAAGGCAUUGUCUUCACUCUUUAACAACAUUUUUUAAAGCUUGAAUUGAUGUUAAUUUUUUUUUAAAUUCUUUCAGAUCAUUAUAUUAUUGUUUUUCUUGAAUUUAAAGACUUUGACAGAGUGGAUCUAUUUUUAGUAACACAGCUUCGCAAUUAUGCACGAUUCGCCAAAAAUUUUAUCAUUUUUUGAGAACACUUGUUUAUCCUGUUCUCCAAAUAAAUUAUCAUCUCAGUAUGAAAUAUAUGACUUAUCACUGUUUGCCUGAUUCUUACGUGAACCUGUACUUA